AUGGUUCGUUUUAAUUUCUUGUAAUCUCUAUCCUUUCUAGGAAAUAUCCAAUUGUCUUGAUUCAAAUCUGUAGCCAGCUCAUUCCAACAAGUCGCAUCCUCCUACCCCUACUACAUCCAAAACUCAUAAAACCCCCUCACAACACUCCAACCCCACACCACACCACACCACACCACACCACCGCAACUCACCACCAUGGCCUCCACACCUCUCUUCUCCAUCAUCCUCUCUCUCACCUCCCUUCUCUUCCUCCUCCUCACCCCCCACAUCCAAGCCCAAUCCCCCUCAGCUCCAUCCCCCUCCCCCUCCGGCCCAAUCAACAUCACCGAUAUCCUCGUCAAAGGUGGCCAAUACAACAUCUUAAUUCGCUUCCUAACAUCAACCCAAGUCGUCAACCAAAUCAACAACCAAGUCAACAACUCCAACGACGGCAUGACCGUCUUCGCCCCCACCGACAACGCCUUCUCUAACCUCCCCUCCGGUACACUCAACAACCUCUCCACCCAACAACAAGUCCAGCUAGUCCUAUACCACGUGUUGUCUAAGUACUACAGCUUAGCCGACCUUUUAACCGUCAGUAACCCGGUUCGAACCCUAGCAUCCGGCCAAGAUGGUGGUGUUUUCGGGCUUGACUUUUCCGGUGCGGGCAGCCAGGUCAAUGUCUCCACUGGCAUUGUCGAGACUAUAGUCAACACUGCUUUGCGUUCUAAUUUUCCAUUGGCGGUUUAUUCGUUGGAUAAAGUUUUGUUGCCUAAGGAAUUCUAUGAAGCUAAGGCUCCGGCACCGGCUCCGACUACCAACGUCACUUCCAGCAGCUCAAACUCAACAAAAUCAGCGGCCUCUCCGCCUUCUCCGGCGAGCGGCUCAGGACGGUUACAAAUGGGGGUGGGUUUGGUUGCUUCGAUUGUGUUGUUUUGCAUGGGAUUAUUUUGAUGAGGAAAGCUGAUUUUUUUUUUUUUGGGUGGAAAAUGAUGGUAUGAGUUGGUGUUUGAGGUAUAGCAUUGAUACCUUGCCACAUUAAAGCUGUUUGUACUUCUUUGUUUUGAUUCUCUUCUCGUUUUCUGUUUUUUUUUUUUUUUUUGGCUAUGCCUGCAUUGUUUGAUUGUUUUUGUUAGUAAAUAAUGCAAUAAUAUUUACUGUAUAUUUA